GUGCUGCUGUAUAUUCGCUUUAUAUAAAUACACGUCGCAGCCUGGCUGUCAAACACUGGUGGGCUGGAUACAAUUAACAACGGAGUAAUAACUCUAACUAUCUCUGGAGUUAACUUCACACACAGGAUGCCAGGAUCAGCCGCAAUCAGUUGCUUGGGACCAUGGCCCAAAGAUGUGGGUAUCAUUGCCAUGGAACUGUACUUCCCCUCCCAGUAUGUGGACCAGACUGAGCUGGAGCAGGCAGAUGGUGUGUCAGCUGGUAAAUACACUGUGGGUCUGGGCCAAGAUCGCAUGGGCUUCUGCUCAGACCGCGAGGACAUCAACUCUUUGUGCCUGACCGUGGUCCAGAGGCUAAUGGAGAGGAACAGCCUGUCUUAUGACAGUGUGGGUCGACUGGAGGUCGGCACAGAGACCAUCAUUGACAAGUCCAAGUCUGUCAAGACGGUCAUCAUGCAGCUGUUUGAAGACUCUGGCAAUACAGAUGUGGAGGGCAUUGACACAACAAAUGCCUGCUACGGGGGUACAGCUGCACUCUUCAAUGCUGUCAACUGGGUGGAGUCCAGCUCAUGGGAUGGCCGUUAUGCUUUGGUUGUAGCGGGGGACAUUGCUGUUUAUGCCACAGGAAGUGCCCGACCUACAGGAGGUGCCGGUGCUGUGGCCAUGCUGGUCGGGCCUAAUGCUCCUCUGGCCUUUGAACGAGGUCUGCGAGGAACCCACAUGCAGCAUGCAUAUGACUUCUAUAAGCCAGACAUGAUAUCAGAGUAUCCUGUGGUGGACGGCAAGCUGUCGAUAGAGUGCUACCUGAGUGCUUUGGACCGCUGCUACUCUGUGUACCGCAACAAGAUCCACGCACAGUGGCAAAGAGAGGGUUCAGAAGAGCGUUUCAGCCUGGACGACUUUGACCAUCUAGUCUUCCAUUCCCCAUACUGCAAGCUGGUGCAGAAGUCAUUGGCAAGACUGAUGCUGAAUGACUUUCUGAGCCACCCCAGCCCCAACACUGAGACGGGACCCUUCACAGGCCUCGAUGCCUUCAGAGAUAUAAAGCCAGAAGAGACGUACUUUGACCGGGAUGUGGAGAAGGCCUUCAUGAAGGCCAGUGCAGAUCUGUUUGAGAGGAAGACCAAGUCCUCCCUGCUGAUCUCCAACCAGAACGGAAACAUGUACACCCCCUCUGUCUACGGCUGCCUGGCAUCACUCAUUGCACAACGCACAUCUUCUCAGAUAGCUGGACAGAGGGUUGGAGUUUUCUCCUAUGGUUCAGGAUUUGCUGCUACUCUGUAUUCUCUCAGAGUCACACAGGACCAUACACCCGGAUCUGGUCUGGACAAACUUGUGUCCAGCCUGAGUGACCUGAAGGUCAGACUGGACUCCAGGAAGAAGGUUUCUCCUGCUGUCUUCUCUGAGAACAUGAAGCUGAGAGAAGAGACGCACCACUUAGCCAGCUACGUCCCUCGAAGCUCAGUGGAGGAUCUGUUCCCGGGGACAUGGUACCUGACACGGGUGGAUGACAAACACCGCAGGGAAUAUGCCCGCAGACCUCUGGACGAUGACCUGCCAGCAGAGCCAGAAGUUGUUCGCUCCAGCACUGCCACCGAGGUACAGGAUAAAUAAACCACAUCCCUAGUCCAGCCAAGAAGAUGCCCCGCAUCCCAGCAGCCCCCACUGGCCCCGAGGCUGCUGUCAGUAACUGAGAGUCCUCAGCUUACCUCUGAGAGGUAUCGAGCGCCAACAGUUUGGAAACUGUAAUAACUAAACAACACUAGAGAUCAGAAGGUUUGCAGGAGACGAGAGUGUCUCCUCUGAAAUUAAUGAAUUAAAAUAAAUUAGGUUGGAACAGUGUUCAGUGGAGGCCUGUGGACGGCUGUAGACGCUCCUCCUCUGCCUUGACCACCCCUCCCCCCACCCCCUGUUGUCCACAUGUCAUACUGUCGAACAGUAAUCUCCAUAUGGAGUCUAUUUCGGACACGAUAAUCAUUUGUUUUUAGCAAUCCUUCAUUUCAACGCACGGGCAGAUGUUUGCAUGUGGUGUUGCAGAUAUCGAGUUAAACAAGCAGACUUCCUCCUGGAAGCUGACAGCCAGUGACAGGAAGAGGAAAUGGACAUAAUUAAUGUGGCUGCAGGCCUCCUGCUGAUUAAAAGAUCAAAGGGAAGUGGGCCUCAACCGUGUCAAUGUAAUAAAGUAGUGCUGCUGCUGCUGCUGCUGCUGCCGCUGCCACAGCGCCUCUGCUGUUUGUGUUCAAUACCUCAGUUUUCUAUGAAAAGAUAUGACUCUGCAGGCUCAUCAUGUGACCCUGUGACCAGACAUCAGGAACAGUGGGACUCAAAGUGAUGCUCCAUCCAGAGGGCUUCACACUGGGUGGAGUCUCACUUUAAACUGUAGCUAACUACUGUAGCUGAGCUCAUGUAGUCAACAUGAGAACCUGGUAGGAACCACUCAUCCACAAAGAUGUCAACUGUCCCACACUUGGUGGUGAUCCUCAAGCAGAGAUACGGUUUAUUCCAUAGAUACAUGUUAAACGGAAGAAGUCUCUUUAGUUUUUCUAUUUGCCUUUUAUUACCGUGAACUGUCUAAACCCAUUGAGUGAUUUGGCAGUGAGAAGCUGCUGCUCUUCUACGUUCCAAAGUCAUCAGCUCUGAUUGUUUUCAAGUGUACGUACUGUGAAAUGUUAUAAAAUACUUAUUUUUACUAUCGAUGAAACAAAUAGUUAAUUCAUCUGAAAAUGGUUGCUAUAGGAUUAAUCAUGUAACUCAGAAAUGGUCAUUCCCCUCAUGUAAGUCCCUUGGAACAACAUCUUUUACAUUUCUAUAGUCUUAGUUUUGUGAAAGAACAAAACAAAUGUAUUAGAUAUGUAUUCAACAUAUUUGCAGAUUUAUAUAUUUGUUAGUUUAGAUCAUAAUCUAUUAACUAUUAUAGAUUUAAUUUUUUAAAUAUUUUUUGGUAGACUAUGAAGCCUUUUGUAAAAAAUAAUAAUUUAAUAUCAUGAUCAUUUAAAUGAAUGAAUCUGAAACCCCCCUCCGGCAGAGUGCCACAGUUCACUCAUUUAACUCCUUCAUCAGGUACAAAUGUCAACACUCUGGAUGCAGCGUCUCAACUGUUAAAGAAUGAGCUUUUUUUUGUUUUGGACUUUUUUCAUGUUAUGGUGACUAAAUGAAUUAUCUUAUUGAAUAAGAUUAUCACUUGUCUAAUUGUUUUCCAAACCACUUCACAACGCCACGUUUAGUGUCUUUAUCUCACUAUCCCCACAUGUCUCAUGUGCCAUUCAACCUAUAUUUGGACGCAGGUUUGCGUUCGGGGUUAGAAUUUAGCAAUUUACAAUAUAAAUAGUUCCCAGUAAGUUGAAAAAUGUUAUUACAACAUGAGGGACUGCAGUAGUCAUGCUGCAGCGUGUCUGAGCUGCAGAUUUCCACAUACUCUGAGGACAAACAGGCUCCAGCCAGCAGCAGCAGUUCAUUAGGUCCACCGAGCUAAAACCAUUGCAGUCUAAUACAGCCCUGCAAUAAAUCCUACCUCCAUCAAGGUUCAGUCUGAGUGCUGCUGUGUGCUGCUGUUGAAUGUUAUUGUUAAGCUGGAGGUGUUUCUAAUAUUUAGUUCACAUUUAUAUCAAUGAGGGCAGACUACCUUGAAGGCUAUAUGCUAUAUCAGACAGUUAUGAAAGAGUUUGUGUUGUGAAAUCAGUGCGAUAGGUUGAUAUGCAUGUGUGGCAGUUUGUUGUAAUGAGCACGGACACCAGUCAAACUGUAGCAGUGUCACAUUGAUACAGCUGCUGUGAAUAUGAACCGCAGUGUUGUCUUUCAGUUUCAUUCAUGUGCAACUUUAAUUCAUUCUAAAGCCUUAAUGUCAAAGGGCUGUGUUUAAUGAAGGUAGAAGUCCGCAGAACUGAGCAGUUUCAUUUGUCAGCACAUUUGUUUGUUCUGUUUUGUUUUUUUUAAAUCUCAAAUUGUGUUUUUUCCUGUUUAUCAAUGACAUUGAUUUGACAAUAACUGCUGCCAGCAACAAGAAACCAAAUGUUGAAACAAAUAGAGCUCAGGCAGACAACAUCAGCCUUAAAUGAACAGUGGUGGUUUGUUCCUGUUGAUGGUUGGACUGGCUCCAAGACUUGCACACAGGAAUCACAGUUACCAUCAAGGUGACUUGGUUGUUGAGAAGCCUUACAAUAAGAAUGCAUGAAUUGCAAACAGACAAAGCUUGUCUUCUAAUGUAGAUAUUCUUUCUGAAUGUACAGUUCUUCUGGAGUCAGGCGAUGCUCACACCAGCAUCAGACACACUUGAGUUUUCUUGGUAUGACUGGAACAUUACAUCUGUGGUGCAUGUUCCUGUCUCAAAGGUCACAUGAUCUUUACCAAUGUUGAUGGUAAUGUACAGUACAAACUAAGAUUAUUUAUAUGCUGUGUAGAUACGAAUAUGAACAGAUACAUUUGAUCCAGACAGAUUGUAAUGUGUAGAUUCAGAAUAAAUGGACAGAACGUG